UGAUGAGAAUUCCCCACGGGCAUGGCUGACAGCCCCAGCAGGCCAGGAAGCGCCUCAAGGGGCCCUGCUCAGUCAGUUAAGGUGGUAAAUAAUUAACCUGGGACUGACUAAUCCAAGAUUUCCCCGAACUACACAGCUGCUCCAGUAAAAGAUAUUACAGAAAUUUCUUGCCUCUGGCCAACCAGAGCCCAUGGGCAAGGAUACAGAGGGCUUGCACUUGAACUGCACUCUUGGCUGCAUGGCCCUGUAGUCCUGGUACUCCCUCCCCAGCCAGGAAAAGUGGGGGAUGAAGCUGCAUCAGGACUCAAGAGAAGGCCUGCGUAGGCUGGGAGUAUUGAUUUCUACAUUAGGAACUGGGACCACCCACAUAUCAGCCAAGGUCACCAGAGAGCAAAUAUUAUUGUGAGGUCUUCCACUGCAGAGCCACAACAUACUCAGCUCUUCUCUGGUGCUGAGGACCAGACAUGAAGCUCAGAAGAGAGGCCCUGGGGCUUCUGCUAUCUUGGGCUUGCUUGCUGAGUCUACCCAUGUUUGCUUGGGGCUUCGCAGGCCAUGGCACAGGCCCCAUUUUCUUUGACCGCCCAUUUGUUACCGUCUGGAAUGCACCAACCGAGAACUGUGAAAAGAAAUUUCAUGUGUCCCUUGACUUGGGAAUCUUUGAUGUGGUACUGAACCGCAAUGAGUCCUUUAUGGGCAACCAGAUGACCAUCUUCUACAGCACCAAGCUUGGCCUCUAUCCAUAUUACACCAAGGAUGGGUUCCCAGUUAACGGGGGUGUCCCCUUCAACAGCAGCCUCCCGGCCCAUCUCCAGAAGGCUGAGCAAGACAUCAAGGCUGACAUCUUGGAUCCCAACUUUCGGGGCCUGGCAGUGAUUGACUGGGAGAGCUGGCGCCCUUUGUGGGUUCGGAACUGGGACAGCCUGGACAUCUAUAAGAAGAAGUCCAUAGCCCUUGUCCAAGAGCGCCAUCCUGACUGGUCUCCCAAGAGGGUGGUAAAGAAAGCCGAACUGGUGUUUGAGAAAAGUGGCCGGGCCUUCAUGGAGCAAACCCUAGCACUGGGCGAAUGCCUGAGGCCUGGUGGAUUCUGGGGCUUCUAUGGCUUCCCCUGCUGCUAUAACAAUGACUUCAAAAAUGUCAACUACACAGGGGAAUGCCCUGAGAUUGAGCAGCAGAGGAAUGACCAGCUGCAGUGGCUGUGGAACCAGAGCGGGGCGCUCUAUCCCAGCAUCUACUUGCCCAAGGAGCUGGAGGCAUCAGGCAAGGUUCUGACAUACGUCCGCCACCGCAUUGGGGAGGCAUUCAGGGUGCAGAAGUGGGUAACAGGUGGCAGUCUCCCUGUCAUACCUUAUGCCCACAUCUCGUAUGAGCUCACAGAUGACUUUCUUUCACAGGAAGACUUGGAAAACACUAUUGGAGAGAGUGCUUCUCAAGGUGCUGCUGGGAUUGUCCUGUGGGGGAGUGAGGAUUAUAGCAACUCCCGGGAGUCCUGCCUGGCAGUGAAGAAGUUUGUGGAUGGAAUCCUGGGUCACUACAUCAUGAAUGUGACCAGCAGCACUAUUUUGUGCAGUGAGGCAGUUUGCUCCAGCCAUGGGCGCUGUGUGCGGAGAGAGACUCACCCUGAGGCUUAUCUGCACCUCAGCCCUGCCAGCUUCACCAUAGAGAGAGACCCCAAGGAGCACCGCUUCUUCCUGCUGGGACACAAGUCAGAUGCUGAUGAGGCCAAGAUGAUGGAAGAAUUCAUAUGCCAAUGCUAUGAGGGCUGGGAAGGGGAAUGGUGUGAAAACAAAGCCACUGCAGAAUGACACCCCUAAUAGAGAGCACCCAUCCACAUGGCCUACCGACUCCUAUAUUCUGUCCCCAUGCACAGCCCCAUUCCACAGAUGCACUUGACGCACAUGACUCUGUAUCCUCUCCCCAGGGGGCACACCCUAAACAUGCACCCACUCCAUAUGGUCCUGGAAACCUUCCACUUGAAUCUCUACUGUAUACAUAUAGAUAUCCCACAGGCCCCAUGCACCCUCUUCCAGAGGCAUAGAACUCCCCAACACACACAUGCACACGUACACAUACACUCCACUUGGUGCAGUGCAUCUUCCAAGUGGAGAUUUUCACAAAUGCCACAUGCGUGGAUCCACAUGAGCACUCACAUGAAGGGAAUCUUGCCCCAACUCAUUCAUUUUGCUCACAUAAAUGUCAUGUAGUGGAAUUAAAUGCAUCUCCAGCAUGUCUACAAUGUCCAGAGAUUUAUGUUUCACCCCCAGAAAUACAAACCAACUCAGUUUGCAGGUCAGGCAUUAUAUACAGACAUGUAAAAAGCACAUACUAGUGCUAAAGCGAUUCAGCGUAAUGUAAAAGAAGACACAGUGCUUCACUGGAAAAAAAUCUUAAUUCAACAGUGAAGGAAAAUCACAUGCUUUAAUUGUGCCAGUAAUUCUUGUACCAGCUGGAUGAUCCAAUUUGCAUGUACAGCAAUAAACAAAAUGUUCUUUGCAAGGCUAA